AUGUACAAGGUACUGGAGCGAAUUAUCCUGGACCGACUCAUUAAACAUCGCGAAGAUACGACGCGCGACGAGCAAGCUGGCUUUCGUCCUGGCCGAUCUACGAUUGACCAGGUGUUCAUCGUCAGGAGAGUGGUCGAAAUCUGGCAGCGGUAUUCGAAGCCAAUGCAACUAGCGUUUCUGGACUUUGAAGCCGUUUUCGACUCUCCUCACCGAGGCCGUCUUAUCAACGCGCUUCGCGCCGAUGGAGUACCAGGAAAGUUCGUUCGCUUGCUUGAUGACAUGAAUCAACGAACAACUGUUGCAGUUCGAACACCAGCCGGAUGUACAACACCGUUUGAAGUGGUAACUGGAGUAAGACAAGGAGCGGUGGCAGGACCCUACCGGUUCAAUUUCGCCAUCGACGACAUUAUGCGAAGAACAGUCGACCAGUGUCCUGUCGACAUUGGCUUAGCACCAUCAGGGUGCCCCUUGACUGACCUCGAGUACGCCGACGAUGUUGUUAUAUUUGCGGAAAGCAGUACGAAACGUCAGCAUGUUGUCAACCUUGUAUCGAAGCUGGCUGCAGCCUACGGACUACGCCUACGCCCUGAUAAAUGCAAGCAGAUGUGGAUCUCUUCGAGACCUCGAACGGGAAUCAGGGUGGACGGACAACCGAUAGAACUCGUCGAUGAGUUCUAUUACCUGGGCUGUAUGCUGAAGAACAACGGCAGCUACGAGAGAGAUGUUCAGCAAAGAUGCGCUAAGGCCAAAUCUGCAUUUAACUCCUUAACGAAAUGUCUGUGGUCGACCCCCAUCACCAACGAAGUCAAGCUGCGAGUCUACCCAUCCGCAAUUCGCCCCAUCAUGAUGUACGGAUCGGAGACUUGGGCAGCACCAUCAACGGUUAUGGAGAGGCUUGACGGCACGGAACGGAAGCUGCUUAGACUGCUACUUGGCUACUUUUGGCCUAGGGAGACCGGCAGAUCGCCUUGUUCAACGAGUUCUGAGGAGUUCGUCGGGUUCGAGCUGGAAGAAGCCACCUGGCCGAAAACGCGAGACGUAAGGUUUCGCAGAGUAUGGAAUAGCGACGAAUGGAUUGAUUCUGUGCAAGCUCUCGCAGAAGAUCGAGAAGGUUGGGCAGAGCUGUGUUUAAGGACGGCACACCUCGGCGAAGAUGCGGUGAGAAUGCACUUUGCACUUUGCUUUGCUUUGGUAGCCAUUGUCACUGCCCAAGAACAGAACAGCAGAUUUGAUUUUAACGGAGGCCGAGUAUUUCAAAACACCGGAAUCGUCACUAAUGAAAAACUUCCCUGUGGAUUCAGCUGUUCUCGAAAAACUGCCGUUUUGACGAUGGUGGAUGGAGUUUUCUCGCGAGCUGAAUGUUCGGACCCAAACGGAGAUGUGAGAGCAAGAUGUGGGCCGUGUUGUGAAAUGAGGGCAUUAUCUGUGGGAUUAUCAGCGCAAUCGGCUGCUGGUUUUCUGUCCGUCACUGGAGAAUGCGUUUGCUGCUUCGACAAUAAGAGCUGUUAA